AUGUCCUCCUCGGACGAUGAUAUGCCCUUAGUGGCAUCGAGACGCCAGCCAAAUGGUGUCAAUGGCGCUCAUCCGCCGCUUUCGGCUUCUACUGUCUCCCCCAAGACUGAUGCAGCUGUUGGCAAGAAGCCCUCCACAAAUGGCAAUGUCAUGCCAGCUAUGCCAAAACUCGAGGAGGAAGAUGUGGCCAUGAAUGACAUCGCACCCGCCACCAAUGGUGCAAAGCGGAGAACACACUCGAACCGACCUAGUUUUGCUGAGCCUGAGUCGAGUGAUGACGAUAAACCAUUGAGCAAAAAACGGAAAACACAGCCUCGGCCCAGCAAGGCCCUCGAGACCGACUCUGACGAUGAGCCUCUUGCAGCAAAAUCGAAUGGAUUACCUACCAAAGCCCAUACUUUGAGUGCUGGAGAUUUGGGAGAGAAUUCGGAUUCCGACACCCCUUUGACAACCAAGCUGGCUGAGCAGAAACAAGACAUCAUGAAAAAGGCCGAGAAAACUGCCAAGGCCAUCAAAAAGGAAGAAGCUAAGGAGGUCACCAAGAAGCCGGCUUCAAAGUCUAAGAAGGUGAAGAAAGAAGACUCAUCCGAUGAUGAACCACUGUCCAGAAAAUCCAAGACUGCAUCUGCUUCCAAGGCUAAGCAAGCGAAGACCGAGCCUUCGGCGUCCAAAACAACUGCCAAGGGCAAAGCCAAGGCAGUGAAGAAAGAAGAGACCGAGGAUCCGGAAGAUGGUGAAGAAGGUGAAGAGGAGAUGGCUUGGUGGAACAAUCCAAUGCAUAGUGAUGGUGAGAACAAGUGGGCCACCUUACAACAUAGUGGUGUCGUGUUUCCACCUCCUUAUCAACCACUGCCCAAGAACGUCAAACUCAAAUACGAUGGAGCACCUGUAUCUCUGCACCCUGACGCUGAGGAAGUCGCCAGCUUCUUUGGUGGUAUGCUCAAUUCCACACACAACGUGGAAAAUCCUACCUUUCAGAAAAACUUCUUCGCCGACUUCAAGGAAAUCCUCAAGAAGACUGGCGGCGCCACAGGCUCUAAUGGUGAUAAAGUCGCAAUUAAAGAAUUCUCCAAAUGCGACUUCAAGCCAAUCUUCGAGUACUAUGAUGCUCAGCGCGAAGCCAAGAAGAGCCUUUCUAAAGAAGAGAAGAAAAAGAUAAAAGCCGAGAAAGACGAGGCAGAGGCUCCUUACCAAUUCUGCCUCUGGGAUGGAAAGAAGCAAAAAGUUGGCAACUUUCGAGUUGAGCCUCCAGGUCUUUUUAGAGGUCGUGGCGACCAUCCAAAGACUGGCAAGGUCAAAACGCGUGUGCAGCCGGAGCAGAUCACCAUCAACAUCGGUAAAGAAGCCACUGUGCCAGCACCACCAGAAGGUCACAAAUGGAAAGAAGUCAAGCACGAUCGUACUGGGACAUGGCUAGCCAUGUGGCAAGAAAACAUCAACGGUAACUUCAAGUAUGUCAUGCUUGCAGCCAACUCAGAUAUCAAAGGCCGUUCCGACUUCGAGAAAUUCGAAAAGGCAAGACGACUCAAGGGCAAGAUUGACGAUAUUCGAUCCGCCUAUCGACGAGACCUCAAGGCUGAAAUGAUGGUCGAUCGUCAAAGAGCCACUGCCAUGUAUCUGAUUGACACUCUAGCUCUUCGUGCUGGUAAUGAAAAGGGUGAGGACGAGGCUGACACGGUUGGUUGUUGCUCUCUAAAAUACGAGAACAUUACUCUUCAAGAGCCAAGUACUGUCAUCUUUGACUUCCUAGGGAAGGACAGCAUUCGCUUCCACGAGUCAUACGAGGUCGACAAACAGGUCUUCAAGAAUCUGAAGAUCUUCAAAAAGGCACCGAAAAAGGAAGGAGAUCAGGUCUUCGAUCGUUUGACAACGACUGCACUAAACAAGCAUCUCUCAAACUUGAUGCCAGGCUUGACUGCUAAGGUCUUCCGUACCUACAACGCUUCGUGGACGUUCGCUCAGCUUCUCAAAGACAUCAAACCUGGUGGCACAGUAGCAGAGCAGGUCAAGAACUACAACGAUGCCAACCGGAAAGUGGCCAUCCUUUGCAACCACAGGCGGACUGUGGGCGCCACGCACGCAGCGUCGAUGGAGAAGAUGGAAGACAGGAUCAAGGCUGUCAAGUAUCAAGCCUGGCGAAUCAAGCAGAUGAUGAUUGACGUUGAUCCCAAGAUCAAGAAGAAGAAGGGUGCAGACUGGUUCGAGCUGCCAGAAGGCAUAGAUCAAGAAUGGGUCCUUGAACACCAAGCCUUCCUGAUCGAGGAGCAGAAGACAAAGAUCACGAGGAAGUUCGAAAAGGACAACGAGAAGCUGAAAUCCGAAGGGGAGAAGGAGAUGAAAUCCAAAGAGCUGACUGAGCGACUUGAGGCCGUCAAAGAGCUUGAGCAAAAAUUCAAGAAAGAGAACAAAUCGAAAAAGGUCGAGGCGGAAGGCAAGUCACCAACCCUGGAGAACUUGCAAGCAAAACUUGAGAAGGUAGAACAACGGGCGGCUACUAUGGAAACUCAAGCCUUGGACAAGGAAAGCAACAAGGAGGUCGCCUUAGGCACAUCCAAGAUUAACUACAUCGAUCCUCGACUCACUGUCGUCUUCUGCAAACGGUUCAACGUGCCAAUCGAAAAGUUCUUCUCCAAGACAUUGCGUGAGAAGUUCCAAUGGGCUGUUGAGUCUACGACGGAAGAUUGGGAUUUCUAA